AUGGCUUUCGAAGAGCGAGAUGGAGAAAUGCACACGAUGGAGCUUGGGAUCAAGCUCGACGCCCCAGCAGGCCUGCAGGUCCCGGAAGGCCACGUGUAUUCAGCAAGCUUGGCAGCAUUGCGUGCUUCCAUUCAACCCCAGCCAUCAAGCAUGGCUGCAAGUGGUGGCGCUACUAUGAAGCCGUCAGACUUGAUUCUUCCUGCGCCUAUCAACAAAGUAAAGGUUCCGCAUUCUUCUUUAGACCUAGGGGAAGCGAAUCCACGGAAGCGCAAGUAUGAUAAGUUGGAUCCUGUUGAUACUUCUACUAAGUUUCCCGGAACAACAGUAACUCCUCCCGUCAAUUUUAAGAGCAAGACAGCAAUCAGAACGCUGCCUCCGGUCAGGAUUUGGAUCAAAACAAGAAGUUGA